UCCUGCAGUCCUAGACCUAGCUAAAGCCGAAGCAAUGGAGCAAUCACUCGCAAACAAAGUGACAUUGCUUGUCCUUCUCCUCCUCCUCCUCCUCCUCCUUGGAUGCGCACACUAUGCUCAGGCGAAGAUCAGCUCCAUCUUCAGCUUCGGCAACUCGUACUCCGACACGGGCAACUUCGUCAAGCUGGCGGCGCCGGUGCUCCCCGUCAUCGCUUUCAACAACCUCCCCUACGGCGAGACCUUCUUCGGCCGUCCCACCGGCCGAGCUUCCAAUGGCCGUCUCAUCAUCGACAUCGUCGCCAAGGAGUUUGGUGUCCCUUUCCUGCCUCCGUAUCUUGGGCAGGCGCCGCAGAACUUCACCCGUGGCGCCAACUUCGCCGUCGUUGGCGCCACGGCGCUCGACCUCGCCUUCUUCCAGACGAACAACAUCACCAGCGUGCCCCCGUUCAACACCUCGCUGACCGUGCAGCUCGACUGGUUCCACACGAUCAAGCCUACCCUGUGCUCGACAACCCAAGGGUGCAAGGACUACUUCGACAGAUCGCUCUUCUUCGUGGGAGAGUUCGGUGGGAACGACUACGUCUUCCUCUUGGCCGCCGGCAAAACCAUCGACGAGGUCAUGUCAUACGCGCCAAAGGUCGUCGAAGCCAUCUCUGCUGGCGUCGAGGCAGUGAUCGAGGAGGGAGCCAGGUACGUGGUGGUGCCCGGCCAGCUGCCGACGGGCUGCCUCCCGGUCAUCCUCACGCUGUACGCGAGCCCAAAUGCGACGGACUACGACGCCGACACCGGCUGCCUCCGGCGGUUCAACGAUCUCGCCCUCCGCCACAACGCGGCGCUGUUCACGGCGGUGUCGCUGCUCCGGAUCAAGCACCCGUCGGCCUCCAUCGUCUUCGCCGACUACUUCCGACCGGUGAUGCAAUUCGUGGAGAAGCCCGACGAAUUCGGGUUCAGCGGCUCGUCGAGGCUACGAGCGUGCUGCGGCGGCGGCGGGCCGUACAACUACAACGCGACGGCGGCGUGCGGCCUCCCCGGCGCGAGCGCGUGCCGGGACCCCGCCGCGUCCAUCAGCUGGGACGGCGUCCACCUCACGGAGGCGGCCUACGCCCGCAUCGCCGCCGGCUGGCUGCGCGGCCCCUACGCGCAUCCGCCCAUCCUGGCGGCCGUGCGCCGGUAGCGCCGCCGGCCGUCGCGCGCACCCGAUCGAUCGUCACCGCGUCACGUGCGUGGUUGAGACUUGAGCCCACGCGCGUCGUGGAGAUUCCUGCGUAUUUAUUUGCUCGCGUCUGUCGACUGUACGUACGUACGUAUGUGCCGAGAUGCUAAUGUGAACUAGUAAUGCACCCGUGUGUUAAUUACAAGUUAUAAUAUAUAAAGUUAAUACGGAAGAGUGAUACUCUCUCCGU